AUGGGUACGAAACCUCCCCAGCUUCCACAGGAGAACGGGUCCUUUUCAGCAAGAGGUGACAUCUGGGUUUACAUGGUACAGCUGGGUUGCUUUUGGAGCGAGGUACAACAGUACGUAUCUCAUUGCUCGGUCGGCGAUGCAACACCACCAUGGUCGGUAAAAUCCGGAUACUCCAUCUUGGGGGCUCAUUUAAUGGAUAUCGAGACGAAAUUUCCAACUCGUCACCGAUGGGAUUCGGUGAGAUUCUGGGAGCAGCCAAAAGAGGAGCUUCAAGCCGAGCGUUGGUACUGGAGCCCGUGGCUAUAUCUCCAAUUUACCUACCACGCCAUUCACAGCGUCCUUAAUCACCCAUUCAUCUACUCGUGGCGACCGCAGCAGUCGGCCCAACUUUCUGUCCCAAACACAUUCUGGAAGACAUCCUCGGAGCUCGCCCUUAUUCACUCAACCUGGACGGUCCGACUGAUUGAAAUGAUUACUGAGAAAGAAUACUUGCUAUCCGAUCCGUUUCUCGCUCAUACCGUAUCGAUUGCGGCGACAAUCCAUAUCUAUUAUUGCCGGGCUGCAGAUCCAUCCGUCCGAGAAUCCGCCCAGCGCGCUGUUGAAAUAUGCACUAAGUUUCUGGGUGAACUAGCGACCAAGUGGCCGCGCUGCCAGACGAUGGUGAGAUUUUUUUUUUGUCAAAUCGAACUACGAGACAAAACUAACAAUGCUCAGUACCAAAAACUACAAAGUCUAGUUCAUUCGGCUUUCACUGGAAGUCCAGAUUCGAACAACAAGAGAUCAUCACGUCGGACGCUAUCGAUAGACACCGCUUUAAUGUGGGAUAUUUUGCUUCACAACUCAUCACGAUCUUCAUACUCGUCUUCGGGAGACGGGCUUUUUGACUUGUCAUUCCUGCAAGCCCAAACGCCAAGCGAGAAGCAUCAAGACAAACUCACUGUUGAGACAGAGAUAUUCCAUCGCUCAACAAGAGCAAUCGAUACUUCCGAUGGAGGUCAAGCAUUACCGCCUUAUUCAAGUAACGUGGGUGAUCGGGAUCGAGACAAUUCCCAAAGUCCCAUUCACGGGCCUUGGAAUGCAGAUACCAUUGAUAGCAACGCGACUCAGAUUCCACUAACCCGAGAGCCGUUUUCUUACGGGCCGGGAGUUCAAGGAGAUAUGUCUUUUAUGGAUAUUACGCAUGAUCCAUUCUUUCAGUUCCAGGAUCAUCAGCAGCCGUACAUGGGCAUUUGGGAGAUUGGAAAUUUGUAA